GCUGCUAGGAGACAAAGGGACAUAGGGCGGGGAGGAUUCCUUGGUGGAGCUCUUCCCUGGAGCGUCUCAGGAGGAGGGUGAGGAGGCUGUUCAAUACAGCGAAGAGCAGCGACCUAGGUACGUAGACAGUACAAAAAAGAACUAGGGGCAUCACAGAGGAAGGCCUGGAGGAGCUACUGCGACGGAGUAAUGAAUACCCCGGACGCCGCUAGGCUCCUUAGGGCUACUUGGGAAGACUGGGAGUGGUCGGCCGAUCCGGGCACAGUGGGGAAUGCUGAAGUCGGGGGUCGUCUUAGAUGCGACUACGCCACGGCAGGGAGGGUGGUUACCCAUAGUAGGCUGAGGUGAGCUUUAACCCCUUCAAGUCGGCGGGCGGGGAUGGAGUAUUUCCGACUCUGCUGCAAAGGGACGGAAGUCUCGUGACCAGCCCGCUGAUGGAUCUGUUCAGAGCAUCAAUGCCCGAGCAGGGUAGUGUUCAUCCUCAAGGUAGGGAAGAACGACUACACGGACCCGAAGUCAUACCGGCCCGUUUGUCUAAUCAGCUUCAUUAUGAAAACUCUGGAGAGACUUGUGGACCGGUACCUGAGGGACUGGGUGGAGCUGGAAGCCCCUUUAGAGCCAGUUCAGCAUGCGUACCGAAGCGUGUGGGCUCGGCUCUUCACCAUCUGACUUCCAGGUUGGAGGAGGGUAUGGGCUCGGGACGGCUGUCGGGAGGUGGAGCUAACCGACUGGAGGAUUGAGUCAAGACUGGGUGGGGAGCGGGUCUCCAUCGACUCAUCACGGGGCUGUUCACGGGGAGGGGUCUUGUCCCCCUCCCUGUGGAGUCUAGUGGUGAACGAGAUAUUGCAUAUUCUGAGGGAAGAACACGAGGUCUAUGCUCAGGCAUAUGCAGAUGACCUUGUGAUAAUGACACAGGGGACGGACGUGGGAAGGAUGCGGGGGCUCCUGAACGGGGCAUUGGCAAGAUUCUCACAAUGGUGCCGGCAGAGCAGUUAGCUAUCAAACCUGGCAAGGUGGAGAUGGUCAUCUUCACCAGGAAAAGUAAGGUGGAGCGUAACCUCAACAACCUCUUUCUGCAAGUGGAAGCGCCAAGUACUUGGGGGUAUGGUUACACCUGAAUCCCGGGUGAGAAAACGGGCCGUGGUGGGCUGGAGGUUGCUCCGGCAAUGAGGUCGGUAAGGCUUAUGAUGGAUAGGCCCGCCCUCCCUCGGACCAAGGAGCUGCUUGGACUGACCAGAAGGGAGUGUACAGCACUAGCAGGGGUCUACACAGGCUUAGGAGGCAUCUUUGCUUGCUAGGCAUUGGAGACGACCCGGAGUGCAGUUGAUGCAUGGAAGGGGAGGAGACCCCGGAUCAUCUGCUCACCGAGUGUCCUGCUUUGAUAUGGGCAAGAUUUAGAGUCUUCGGAACGGCCCUGAUCGAUCCGAACUUAGUGCACGGUAUUGGGAGGUCUGGGGGCUCAACGGGCCCAUCUGGUGGCCUAAAUGCUUGGACGCCCGCGGGAGGCGCCCCCUUUAAUACCAAUACCAAUACCCCAUAGGAAAGAGGCC